AUGAGUCACACCAGCAAUAUUACGACCGAUGAAGUCUCUUUGAUCAACCCCCUAUCCAAUAUGACCCUACAAUGGACGUCUGAGAUACCCACCUCGGUACGUUCGGUAUCUUCAGAGCAUCCCAAAGCCGACGCAAUAUCAAGUACAGUUGGGCAGGAUGAUGCCACGAAAGUUGACGGAUGGGCAGGCAUCGAAUGGCUAGGUAGACUAACAUGGGAUGAGAAAGAUGAACCUCCCCAAGAUGUGAAGGACUCAGCCACAAAAUUUGAUUGUGGCUAUCUAGUUCCUCAGCUGAGAAACUUCUCAGUAAUGUCCGUUGAUUUUUCGAUGAAAUCUGAUUAUUCCAAAGGCAGCACAUGGACCGAAGUGAAUAAACGAUUUAAGGAUCAGAUGAGAGAAAGGGGCGAAAGGGCAUCCCACGCUGCAUGGGAAGCUUUCAAGAAGACUCACCCUGAAGAAAGUGAGAAUUUUGAAAUCAAAUAUGUUUCACAAGAGGAAUACGCCAAUGCCCAUCCGCAUCCUUCAGGUGAACAUCCAUCCCCGAGAUAUAGAUGGGAAAAUAAAGGUACAUUUGAUUUCGAUAAGCAUACUGAGGAAGUUGACGAAUUCUACGCCGAUGGAUCAGAACAAUCCAAGGGGAUUGUGUUGACUGCUGGUUUCUUAAAAAAGGGGGCCUAUAUCGAUCGGAGAGUCGUAUGUAGUGCAGACAAGGAGGACAUUGGCGUUAGUGGAGAGUCGAAAGCCCCUGAUACGGAAGAUGUGAUAGUGAUGCCUGAGACUAAAGCAGCUAUUCGCUUGACAAGUCUCCCGGGCUUCUCUAUCAGUCAAGAGAAUAAAGAGAAGAGCCUUCAUUUCAUUGCUCAAAUGAGAGAAAGGCUCACCUCUGUGACACAGGACAAAUCCGGCAUAGUGUUGAAUAAUUCGCUAGCCCCAAAAGACAGGGUAUAUGCAAUCACUGCCAAUGAUGUGAGUAGCACUUCAAAUAGGGUGGGCGAAGUCGUUCAAGCAGCCUUCAACGAAGACAAGAAUAAUGCGAAUCACUUCGCCUACCUUCACCUUAGCCCGGAUGAUUACGAGGCCUUCGGCAACAGAGUGAAGAUUUCGAGAGUAUCGCAUGGAGAUUAUUGGAACUGGGCAAAGAAGUCUAAUGGGUAUGGUAGCGUUGGACCAGAAGGUACAGGUGAAGAAGUAUCUGUGGUUUUGGACCAGUCCCCUAGAUUACUUGGACCAGUCCCCUAG